UCUUAAAAAUACUCUGCUGGACUGAUCUGCCUUCAUUGGAAAUACAUAUCAUCACGCCGAUCAGUUGCAAAGGCAAAGUGUGAGCGGACCUUUGUCAAAGUAGUCUGGUGGUGUUUAGGUGAUGCAGUCUAAUACCCACCUGUAGCCAGCUUACAACAUGUGGCGUGUACGUGCGUGGUUCCUUAUUUUUGAUGUAGCUCUUUUUGUUUCAGGUCAAUCUCGGAACAGUUCGUGUCCCCUCGAACUGACCCCUAGCAGUGUUAUUGUCAGGUUCGGAGACCCCGUCUCCGUAAACUGCAGCACAUCGCUGGACGAGUUCGAAGGAAUGGGAUGGGAGGCCACAGAAGGAGGCACAUCCUUGGCAGGAAAAUUACAAUUUGUCACAUGGACAUUAGCUUCACUUAAGACGUGGUCAAUACAACCAAUAUGCUACAUAAAUACCAUUGAUCAAAUCCAAUGUCAGCAGGAUUUAGAAGUCACUGUCUACAAAAUGCCGGACAGUGUGUCAAUCUUCCAGCCAAAUUUAACUGGACCCAUGGAGGCCGGUAGGACUUACCGGCUGCAGUGUGACAUCCGAAACGUUGCGCCAGUGAGAAACCUCUCUUUGACCUGGUACAGAGGAACUGAGAUCAUCAAGACUGAGAUGCGUUACAACGAUAGUGCAACACCUCAGAAUGAGUCAUUUUCUCUGCUGAUAACCGCCAAGAAGGAAUAUGAUGGACUCCAAAUCCAAUGCAAAGUGCAAAUGAAUCUGGGAGUUUCUGGCCCAAAAUUGUCUCCAAUAAAGUCAGAACCAUUUGACAUGGUGGUACAUUAUCCACCAUCCUUCACCAGUCCUCAACAAGAGAUCCUGGACCUCGCAGUGGAUGGUAAACCCAUCUUGAACUGCAGUUCUGAUGGGAACCCCCAGCCUUAUUACCGCUUGCUGUCCCCUGCUAGCGAUCUGAAGUCUCCAGAGACCAGGGGUGUCUUCAGGCCCCUCUCACCCCUACUUCCUGGCACCUACAACUGCACAGCCACCAACCGUUUGGGAUCCGCGACCAAGGUUUUCAUCGUCCAUAGGAGUACAGGUAGCGCGGGGAAGACUGCAGGGAUCGUAGUGGGAGUGCUCAUACUUGUAGGGAUUGCAUUGGCUUGUGUGGUUUAUCACAAGCAGCGGUCUAAAGCCUAGACGAAUCUGGAGUAAUAAGCUGAGGGGUCAGCGUAUGUUACGUUUUGAAGAAUGUAACGAAAGCUUCCUUCUCCCACAGACAGUUCGGCAACGUUUUGGCUCAUAGUCGGACCGGUUUCGGCCCUGGCACUUGUUCUCAUUGGCGGUACUGUUUGGGCGACAAGAAGAGGCCACUCGCAGAGCUCUCCCAAAACAAACAUUUUGUAAAUAGUACUUAUGAACGAUUAAAUGCAUGUCCCUUUUUGAGUUUGAGCUGGGGAACCCAUAGAGGUUUCUACAUCACUUGUGAGCAUGCAGUCCUCAUGCUCUCAUAUUAAGCCUUAUCAAAAACCUCUUGUGAGCGGAUGCUGGGACGGAUAUGACGGCAUUUCCUGCUUUUUAAACCUUUUUUUUUUAAACCAUGAAAGAUAAUUUACAAUUCAACAUAAAUAUCUGUUUUAACAUUUGUAGGAUAACGGUGCUGAUUCUUUUUUUAUUUUGUGAUUUUACUCUUCAUAUUCUUGCCAAUGAUAAAAGUUGUAAUGGUGUAUUUGAAAUAUAAAUGCAAGCAUAAUCAGCAACACUUUUUAUGUUGUCUUGAUGAUUUUCUUGUAAUUUUAAUGUCCAGAACCAACUGACCUUGAGGGAGUUUGUUUUUAUAAUUAUUUUUGUAAUCAUGAUUAGUCCGCUGUUAUGAAUAACAACAUAAGAGGUCACAUGAAUAAGAAGAGGUCACAUAAAACGGAUGAAGUUUUGAUGACAUGGCAUGUAUUUGUAUGACAUGAGCCAUGCAUUAUGCAUAUGCCGGAUUGUGUUUCUUUGUUUAUUUUGAAGUGCACUUUUUAACUUGAGUGUUUCACAUGUGGUUUGCUUUUAAGGCUCAUGUUAUUCAUAAUUUGUCCUUUGCCAAAUAAGUACUAGUUAGCUCACAUGGUAUUUUUUAAGCAAAACAUGUUUUGCUUUGAUUGCACUAAUUUAUUUCAAUGUGUUGAUGUUGAAAUGUUUGUUUUGUUUAUCAUUUAUUAGUGUAAUUUUUGAAUAUAUAUAUGUAUAUUUAAUUUCUGGUUGUUACAUAACGUAGCACAAUUAUUAAAUACUUUAAUGUAUGAUGUUAGAAUCUUAUGUUUUGUUUACCUUUUUAGGCAUGAUUUUUUAAUAUAUGCAUUUGUAAGAUGCUAAUGGGUCACUCACUCUGUAGCAUUCUCAGGCAGCAUACUGAUUAAAGCAAAGUCAAACCAG